AUGGAAAAGGAUGUUAAACAGUAUGCUGUGGAUGUGACCCUGGACCCUGAAACGGCUUAUCCUUCUCUUAUCCUGUCUGCAGAUGGGAAACAAGUGAAAUAUAUCAGUACUAGAUCUGAUCUCCCUUCCAACCCAAAACGGUUUGAUACAAGCAUCUCUGUCUUGGGUAAACAGGGAUUCUCCUCUGGUAGAUUUUACUAUGAGGUUCAGGUCAAGGGGAAGACAGGGUGGUAUUUAGGAGUAACCAGAGAGUCCAGUAAUAGAAAAGGGUCAAUUGACGAAAACCCAGAGAAUGGUUACUGGACUAUACGGCAAAUUAACUGGAAAACGUUUCGGGCCUUAGAUGAUAGCUCUGUUCCUCUUAAGCCAUUAAAUGAGCUUGAAAGGGUUGGGGUGUUUGUGGAUUAUGAGGCAGGGUUGGUCUCCUUUUAUAAUGCAGACCACUGGGAUCUACUCUAUUCAUUCAAACAUGCGCAUUUCAAUGGCACAAUCUACCCUGUCUUUAACCCUAAUAAUCAUAACGGAGGUCCAAAUUCCUCUCCUCUGAUCAUCCACACCCCAGUGGCGUGCCAGUAUCACCACAAUAAAUAAGAAUAUCCAGUGUGCACAUUUUUAUCCAGUGUCCAGUGUGCAGGUUUUUAUCCCGUGUCCAGUGUGCAGGUUUUUAUAUGUCACUCCCAUGAAACUCCUCUCCUCUGGUCAUCCACACCCCAGUCCCUUGCCAGUAUCACGACAAUAAAUAAGAAUAUCCAGUGUCCAAUAUGCAGCUUUUUAUCCAGUGUCCAGUUUGCAGGUUUUUAUCCAGUCUCCAGGGUGCAGGUUUUCAUCUAGUGUCAAAUGUGCAGGUUUUUAUCCAGUGUCCAGUGUGCAGGUUUUUACAUGUCACUCUCAUGAAAAUAUGUGGAAAUUGAAAAACGUUCUCUUUUUGCUGUCAUAAAAAAUACAUGUAAUGGCUUUCAUUUUGUCUACAAUUAGUGAAUU